CGUGCAAUCUUCAGGCUAUUGUUCAUUGUAGUGUUGAUGUGCGUUCGUUAAGCUCAAUCAACCAUUAUCGACUUUGCAAGGUUACGAACAGUCAUAUUAUCAAUCAAAUGGGAAGAUGAAAAAUGGCAGACUACCCAUAAUCAGACCUUCAAUUUUCUCAUCAACCCACAAUCCCAAACCUCUGUUCUAUCACAAUUAUACUUCUCCGCCAGAAGAGUGUAAUUCUCUUUCUUACCCAGCAACCACAUCUUCACUCUGCUCAGCUCUGCAACACUAUAUCAACUCAGACCGCCCUUCCCAUGGCCAAAAGAUCCACGCCCACAUUCUCAAAACUGGGUUCAGACCCAACACCAACAUCUCCAUCAAGCUUCUUAUAUUGCACCUCAAAUCUCGUUGUUUGUUAUAUGCGCGCCAAAUGUUCGAUGAAUUGCCUCAACCAACUCUGUCCGCUUAUAAUUACAUGAUUUCAGGUUAUUUGAAAAAUGGGAAAGCUGAGGAAUUUUUUCAAUUGGUUAGAAGGCUAACAUUUUCUAAUGAAAAGCCGGACGGGUUCACGUUUUCAAUGAUUUUAAAGGCAUCUACUUGUGAUGGUGUUUUAUUAUUGGCAAGUAGUAUAGGAAAGCAGGUUCAUGCCCAGAUAGUGAAAUGUGAUAGUGUGACUGAUGAUGUACUUUUUACAGCGCUUGUUGACUCGUAUGUGAAAAGUGGGAGGGUUGAUUAUGCAAGGAGAGUUUUUGAAAUGAUGUUGGAAAAGAAUGUGAUUUGUUCGACAUCGAUGAUUUCAGGGUACAUGAAACAAGGAUCUGUGGAAGAUGCAGAGGAUGUAUUCAAUAAAACUUUUGAAAAAGAUGUGGUUGUUUUUAAUGCCAUGAUUGAAGGUUAUAGCGAAUCAAUUGAGACUGCUAAGAGGGCUCUUGAGGUUUACAUUGACAUGCAACGGUUGGAUUUUAUGCCCACAAUAUCAACUUUUGCCAGCAUUAUUGGUGCCUGCUCUGUGCUGUCAGCAUUUGAAAUUGGUCAGCAAGUCCAUGCUCAACUUGUGAAGACUGCAUUCUUUAGGGACAUAAAAAUGGGAAGUGCUCUUGUAGAUAUGUACUCAAAAUGUGGAAGAAUUGAGGAUGCAAGGAGAAUUUUUGAUCACAUGCCCGAGAAGAAUGCAUUUUCGUGGACUUCAAUGAUCGAUGGAUAUGGGAAAAAUGGAAAUCCAAAUGAAGCCCUUGAGCUCUUUAGCAGAAUGCAGAGAGAUCAUACCACGGAGCCCAAUUAUGUCAUGUUCCUCAGCACUCUUUCAGCUUGUGGGCAUGCUGGGCUAGUUGCUAAAGGCAAGGAGAUAUUUGAGAGCAUGCAAAGGGAUUACUCAAUGAAACCAAAGAUGGAGCAUUAUGCUUGCAUGGUUGAUCUCCUUGGGCGUGCAGGAAGUCUAGUUCUGGCAUUGGAGUUCAUAUGGGGAAUGCCUGAGAAACCAAGUUGUGAUGUUUGGGCAGCUUUGCUGAGUUGUUGUCGAUUGCAUGGUGAUGUAGAGAUGGCAAACAUAGCUGCCAAUGAAAUCUUCAAGUUAAACGCUUAUGGCCGGCCAGGGGCAUAUGUUGCAUUAUCCAAUACUUUGGCAGCUGCCGAGAGAUGGGACAGUGUAAAUGAAGUGAGGAAGUCAAUGAAGGAAAGAGGGAUAUCUAAAGAUACUGGCUUUAGUUGGGUUGGGACUGAUGGUGGUUUAAAAGGUUUUCACGCUGGACAAAAGAUCUGAAAAAUAUGUAAGGCGAUAUGGAGAUGACGUGCUUCUGUUUGGAAGGGCAACCAUCGAAGAAGCUGAUAGGAUUAGAGAGAUUCUUAACCAUUAUUAGAAGUUGACUGACCAACUGGUAAAUUAUGACAAGUCUUGUUUAUGGUUUAGUCCAAAUGCAAGUGAUACAAUUGAAGUUCAAGUCAGAUUUUCUUUGGGGCUCACUAUGGAAGGAUGGAGAAAUGUUUAUCUGGGUUUACCUGUUAUAAUUGGCUGUUAAAAAGUUGAAACUUUCAAGUAUCUUAGUGAGGAGGUGGCUGCAAAGGCAAAUUUUUUGAAGGGUGAGCUAAUGUUUAAGGCUGGGAUGGAAGUUCUGAUUAGAACUAUUCCUUCUAAUCUUCCAAUCUAUUCUUUCCAUUGUUUUAAGAUUCUGAUUACUAUUUGUACUGAAAUUUCUAGCUUGAUGGCAAAUUUAUGUGGAGUGGCAAAGGGAGGUCUUCUAAAAUUAAUUGGGUGAGUUAGGCAAGUAUGUUUGAGCCUAAGAAGUAUGGGGGUUUAGGAUUUAAAAAUCUUGCUGCUUUUAAUCUAGCUUUACUUGCCAAUACUGCAUGGAGAUUGGAGAUGGAAGAGGAUUCUCUUUUGUAUAGGGUUCUUAAAGCGAAAUAUUUUGAUUCUUGCAGUUUUCUUGAUUUGUACUGUAGUAACAACUCUUCUCUGAUAUGGAAGAGUCUUUCUGCUGCCAAGCCUGUGAUCACUCAAGGCACGAGGUGGAAAUUUUCAGAAGGAGAUAAGAUUAAUAUUUGGCAAGAUAAGUGGCUUCCGGACCAGUCUUAUCCUUCAGUUUAUACCGAUGGGCAGGAGGUUCAGUGUAAAUGGGUUGCAGAGUUGAUAAACCAGGAUACUCACUCUUGGAAGGAAGAGUUGGUGCGAUGACUAUUUAAUGAUAGGGACUCGAGACAGAUUUAGCAGAUCCCUUUGACACAAUUUGGAGGUGAUGAUUGUAAGUUCUGGGGUGUGUCUGCUGAUGGUUGUUUUUCUGUUAAAACAACAUAUAAAGUUGCUUUACAAAUUUGUGAUUCAGAGAUGAGACCUAUGGUUUUCGCAAGUUCCAGUACUCAUCCUAGCAAAGAAUAUAUUUGGAAACUCAUUUGGAAACCACCGAUUACCAGGAAGAUUAAAAUUUUCUUAUGGCAAUGCAGCCAUGAGCGACUUCUGGUUUUGCUCAACUUGAAGAAAAGGCGGAUUACAGAAGUUGCUACUUGUGGACUUUGUAGAGAGAAAGAGGAAUCUGUAUGUCAUAUGCUAUUUGAUUGUCCAAUGGUUAAAAUGGUUUGGAGACUCAGUCCAUUAAGAAAACAUUUUUCAGAUGUGUGUGAAACUUGGGUUUCUAGAUGGGGAUAAAUGUUCGCUAUGUGGAAGGACAGUAACGAGAUGGAGAAAUUGUUUUGUCUGGCUUCUUUCUUGUGUUGGCAGAUUUGGAAGGGGAGAAACAGUUCGAUUUUUAAUCAAUUGAAUUGGGAUCCUACUCAUGAGUUCCUUAACAUUUCUGAGGAUAAUGAGUCUUUAUCUUUAUCUCGAAGUAUCCCUAGCAGGCAAUGGACUACUCCUCUUCUUGGGAGGUUUAAACUGAACACAGAUGCUGCUUUUAAUAUUUGCUCUGGUUGCUGUGGUGGUGGGGUGGUACUUCGGAAUCAUAAAAGGUGAACCUGCAAGAGUGGCUUCUAUUCAUAAUUCAAUUGUUGCGACCGCGGAAGUUGCUGAAGCUCUUGUCUUGAGGAAAGGUUUGAUGUUGCUUUGUCAAUGGGGUCUAUGUUGAUGUUGAUAUAGAAAGUGACUGUCAGUCACUUGUUUAUUUGAGACCUUCUCAUCCUCUUUGUAUGGCCAUUAUUCAAGACAUUGUGGUCUUAUUGCAAGGAUCUAGGAUUUAAGCACUUGUGGACUCCUAGAUCUUGCAAUAAGUUUGCUCAUAAAUUGAGUAAGUGGGCUCUUAGUCAAGGGAUGGGAGACUUGCAGUGGCAAGUUUGGCCUUCAUGUUCAAGGGAUAUUCCCUCUUCUUAUUAAUAAAACUGCUGUUGGUUUAAAAAUAUAUAUAUACAUAUAUAUUUUCUAAAGUAUAUGUAUAGAAUAUUAUAGAGAGAGAGAGAGAGAGAGAGGUAGAGGGGUGCUUAACAAGUGGUAUUAUUUUGGAAAGGAAGAUAAGCUUUUUUUUUUUUUUUUCAAUUCCAAAUCCAAAAUGCUGAUUUGGAGCUCUAUUCUCUCCCACUUCAAUUUACAUGUAACAUAAGAGAAUCACUUAAUUCAUUUUACCUCACUUGAAAUUUGAACCAUUAUCACCAUAUAAUUAAUGUAAUUUAUUUUACCUCACUCGAGACUUCAGCCAUCGACCUCCUCUCAUAUCACCAUAUGAUUAAUGUAAUUCAUUUUACCUCAUUCGAGACUUUAGCCAUCGACCUCCUCACACCAUCAUACACGUGGUUCUUAUUUCAUUAUUUAUUCCUCUUAAAAAAUA